CCUAGCCCCUUCCUGGUUGCCCAGAAUGCAAAGAAUGCCUUAUUCAGCAUUCUUUUCACUUGCACUUUCCCAGAUUUCCUCACUGCGAGCCAAAUAGGGAUAGUACUGCAUCCCGCUGUCUACUCCUCGAGAUCCAUGGAGUCGCUUAUCGGAACUGAUUCGACAGAACGGUCUGAUGCUAGUGUGUUGUUGGCAGACAGCUUGACAGGGACGAUACCAGAUCAGCAAUUUGUCGAUAUCGAACAAGCACAACCCCUGAUGCAAGGACUCCCCCAUCACUGGAAUGCUUGAUAUCGAUCUACAUUACAUGUACCCCACCCCAGUCAGAUAUGUUGCCUCUUUCUAGGACUUUUGCUCGGAAAGCCUGCGUGAGUUCGGUGCAGGAACACGGCAGCAUACCAUCAUGAAGGGAAGGUGUGAAUAUGUGCUGUUAGCGCUGGCAUUGGUCAUCACCCUCAUUCUGAUCUCCUUCAACUUCGAUUCACUACCAUCUCUGCCGUCGAUAAGAGGGUCGUCUGAACACGGCACUACAGUUUCGAAGAAAUAUGCCGUUGUGUCCGAGACCUUUUCAGACGACUACGUCCCUGGAGCACUAGUCCUCGCACACUCGCUACGCAGACACAACUCCAAGAGCGGCAGCCUUCCCUUCGACCUGAUCCUUGUUACCUUCGCAUCCGAGAAAUACAAAAAUGGGGCGGAAAAACACUUGUCACCGCGAGCUCUCGAGCUCCUCGAGAAUGCCGGAUGGAAGAUCAAAGUGACAGAUCCCAUCAAGCAAGCCUCAUUCAUCACACCGAGCAGAUUCAAGAACAACCUAUCCGCUCUCAGAGCCUUUGAACACACCGAGUACGAGAGUGUCGCUCACAUUGACUCAGACUGUCUCAUCUUGCAAGACAUUACCGAGCCAUUCGAAUAUACCAAGGGCGCCACGAAGUUCUGGGCUGCAGAGCAUUAUGUGAAGCCCAACACACGUCGCUUCAACUCGGGAGUUUGGUUCAUUAAACCUUCGAAAGAAACCUUCGACGACAUAAAGAACAGCCGUUUCAACAAAGCAAACUACGAUCUGAACCUGAAUUACCCUAUCAACAAUCUGCUUAUCAAAUUCUUCAACUAUGACCGCGGGCUGCUCCCUACCGCCUACAAUUUGGGCACCAACAUGUUGUCGUCGGGGAAGCAGGAUUUGGAGCAGUGGGACGCGACGAUCGAGCAUGCGAGAGUUAUACAUUAUCUGGAGGCCAAGCCUUGGCACAAGGAGGCGUGUAGCGCUCUCAUGGACAAAGAGAGGUGCGAACAUGCUGUCAGGCUUUGGGUGAAUGAGUGGGAGAUGGUGAAGAGGGAACUGGGCGUCGGAAAAGACGAUUUUCCCAGGGCGGAGUGGCUGUUUUGAUAUCUGUCGGCUGUGAUGAGUUAGGUUAUAGCCU